UGGCAGCUGAUUGUUAUGGCACUAAGAUAGGUGUUUUUAUUGUUAUCUGGUGAUUGCUACGGCACCUCAGGUGAAUUCUGACAGAAAAAAAUGUAGAUUGUUAUUAAAUACCUCUAAAAAACCUUCAGUAAGAUCAAAGAGAGAGAGGGGAAUCAGAACUGAGCGAGUGUUGUAUGUAAAUGAGCCUCUCUCGCCGUGACGCUUCAGUAUGGAGUUGUUGAUUAACGCGAGAGGCUCGCCUGAUUCUUAGUCUGAUUUUUUUCCUGAGGCUUCCAAGGAAAAUUAAAACAAAUUAUUUUCUGUUAUUUUGAGAGGAAACGGGACAUAUUAACAAAUACGGACAUUUUUGGCACCAAGAGGAUCCAUUACUAUGGUGGUCUUCUCAGCAGAGCCAUGCUGAGUGUGCUGUGGUUGGGCUGCUGCUCAGUGCUGGUGGCUCUGGCUGCUGGUUUUGAUGCAGAAAGGUGCAGAAAUCUCCCCGUCACUCUAAACAUCGUCCUGCUGGAGGACGAGAGCUCACUCUGGAGCCUUAAAUAUGUGGAAGUCGCUGUGAAGAAGGCCAUAGCCGAUGAAAACGAGAGGAACAAGCUAGAUGGUCUGAACUUCACAAUGGAGGGAAUCUUCCGCGGAUUCAACACAACGUAUUACCGGCGUCGAGGCUGUGGGAGCAGUACCUGUGAGGGAGUAGAAAUCCUGAAGUUACUGCAUAACACCAGUCAGGUUGGCUGUGCCAUGCUUGGACCCUCUUGCACAUAUGCCACCUUCCAGUUGGUAGAUCAGGAUGUGGGUUUGACUCUGACCAUACCUGUGAUUUCGGCGGGAAGUUUUGGGCUGUCAUGUGAUUAUAAGGAGAAGUUGACCCGGCUCCUCCCCCCUGCUCGCAAAAUCUCCAACUUCUUUGUUCAUUUCUGGAACGAAACCUGGUCCGGCCUCAAAACCCACUGGAGCACCGCCUACGUCUACAAACAGCCCGACAUCUCAGAGGAAUGCUUCUGGUAUAUCAAUGCGCUGGAGGCAGCAACGGCUCAGUUUUCCUCUCAGAUCUACAGGAAGGUUCUCCGGAGUAAAGAGGAAAUCAGUCCAGUUCUCUCUGAUCCCAACCGGAUCAGCAACAUUUUCAUCAUGUGUGGAGGCCCAGAUACCAUCUUCUCCAUUAAGAAUGGGACGGACGUGAGCAAAGACAUUGUCUUUAUCCUUAUAGACAUUUUCAAUAACUACUAUCACCUCAACGAAUCAUCAUACGACUACAUGAGGGACGUACUGGUGCUGACCAUGCAGAGCACGAGGAACUACACUAUAACCAGCAACUGGGAUGAGAAUAACACUAUUCAUGAUGCAAGAUUUAAGAUUCUGAAUGAUUAUGUUGCAGGGUAUCACGAUGCUGUGCUCCUCUUCAGUCAUGUGAUGAGGCAGAUGCUGGGUGCAGGAGGUGCUGCCCCUCUGAAUGUCACUGGAGAAAACCCCUUCAGAAACAUCAGCUUUGAGGGAAUGGGUGGUCAUUAUGAAUUGGAUGAGAAUGGAGAUCGAGACACAAACUUCUCAGUGAUGUUCACAACAGGCACUCAUCAGUAUAAAACAUUGUUUGAGUUUGAUACCUCAAACAACAAAACCCAGCUAAACCAUAAUAACCCUGACCUGCCCUGGCGAGGCUCUCGUCUGCCUGAUGACAAACCUGCUAACGGCCUGCAGACCCACGACAUCAUUGUGAUUGUGCUUGCCAUUAGUGUUGUACUUGUUACUGCUGUUGCUCUACUGUUCUACAGGCAGAACAGGAAGCAGCGUUUCAAUCAGAAGAAAUGGUCUCAUAUAAACCCAGAUCUCAUCAUACCAGUCGACUACAGAGAGACCAACCUCAUCUCCCUCAAAAUUGAUGAUGAUAGAAGGAGAGACAGCACCUAUCAAGUUCGGAGGGGGCGCUACGACAAAAAGCCUGUCAUCCUUAAAGAACUGCGGCAGACAGAUGGAAAUUUCUCAGAUGAUCAGCGUAUUGAACUUAAUUCUCUUCUCCGGGUUGAUUACUACAACCUGACCAAGUUUUACGGCACAGUGAAGUACGAGUACGGAGUGUAUGGAGUGUUUGAGUACUGCGAGAGAGGCUCUCUCAGGUAUGUCCUCAAUGAUAAAAUCUCCUAUCCAGAUGAGAGCUUUAUGGACCUGGAAUUUAAGAUCUCUGUUAUGUAUGACAUCGCAAAGGGUAUGUCCUAUCUGCACUCCAGUAAUAUAGAGAUGCAUGGGAGACUGAAGUCCACUAACUGUGUGGUGGACAAUCGCAUGGUGGUAAAAAUCACAGACUUUGGCUGCAAUACAAUCCUGACACCAGGGAAAGACUUGUGGACUGCUCCAGAACACAUGCGUGUUGAGGGUUUCUCUCAGAAGGGGGAUGUUUACAGCUUUGCCGUCAUCGCUCAGGAGAUCAUACUGAGAGAGUGUCCGUUCUACACUGAGAACUGCUCUGAUUUAGCAGAGAAGUUAUACAAAGUCCAGUGUCCAAGUGGUCCCACUAUCUUCAGACCUGAUCUGAACUUUGAGACGGCUGGAGAGCAGGAAGUAGAGCUGUAUGUGCUGAUAAAGAGUUGUUGGGACGAGGAUCCUGAGAAGAGACCAGACUUUAAGAAGAUUGAGAGCACUCUUGGGAAGAUCUUCAGUAACCUGCAUAACCAGGCCAAUGCCAGCUACAUGGAUAACCUGAUCCGACGGCUGCAGAUGUAUUCCCGUAACCUGGAGCACCUGGUGGAGGAGAGAACUGCCCUGUACAAGGCUGAACGAGACAGAGCAGACCAGCUCAACUUCAUGCUGCUGCCGGGGCCAGUGGUGCGUUCACUAAAGGAGACGGGUCGUGUAGAGCCGGAGCUGUUUGAUGAAGUCACUAUCUACUUCAGCGACAUCGUGGGCUUCACCACAAUCUGCCACCACAGCACCCCCAUGGAAGUGGUGGACAUGCUGAACGACAUGUACAAGAACUUUGACAGCAUUCUGGACAAUCAUGACGUCUAUAAGGUGGAGACAAUCGGUGAUGCGUAUAUGGUUGCGUCUGGUUUGCCCAGGAGGAAUGGGAACAGGCAUGCUGUGGAUAUUUCUCUGAUGGCUCUGGAUAUUUUGGAGUUCAUGGGCACCUUUCAGCUUAAACACCUACCAGGAAUACCGCUCUGGAUCCGUAUCGGAGUACACUCAGGACCAUGUGCUGCUGGUGUAGUCGGGAAUAAGAUGCCACGGUACUGUCUGUUUGGAGACACAGUGAACACUGCCUCACGAAUGGAGUCAACAGGACUACCUCUGAGGAUCCAUGUGAGUCAGUCCACCAUUAGCAUCCUGCAGAGGACAGACUGCCAGUUUGAGUUUGAGAAGAGAGGAGAGACCUAUCUGAAGGGGAAGGGGAAGGAGAUGACUUACUGGCUAAAAGGAAUAACAGGACAGAAGUACAACCUGCCGACUCCGCCCACAGCGGAGAAUUUCCAGCGGCUGCAGCAGGACCUGGCUGAGAUGGUGGCAUCUACACUGGCUAAACGAGGAAACGAGAAGAGGAAGACUCUCUCCACGCGACUCCGCCGCAGCCAGAGACACAGCAGUGAUGGCCUCCCAGAGUACCUGCACUUGGCUGACCCCAGCACUUACUUUUAGCACACUGACUCACACAAACACACACCCCUGGUACAACAAUGUUUAAAAAAAUGCCACUUAAGUGCCCUCUAGCAUACCAAGCAAGGGAAAAAAUGUUGUAUUGGCCGCCCAUGUUUUAGAAAAUAAAUAUUUAUUGCCUGCUAGGGUGCCAUUUCUUACAAAAAAUGCUAAUGGAUUUGCAUGAUAAUAUGUACUUACCUUUGAUAAAUAGCACACUUCCACUCUCCCACAGAUUCUGAGAUCCAGAAUUUUUUACAGUUUGUCCAAACAUCCUUCAGACUGGGUGACACGGGGCAUAAUUUGCCCUGAUAAAUCACUUUUUCCACCAUUAUCCAGCUUAAAGUAGCUCCACACCUCCUUGCUAGAAUCCGGAGAGCCCUGACAUUUAAAACAAGUCAUUAAUAUCUUAAAAAGUGCACAAGAAGCUUAUUAAAAAAACACUGUUUACAUCCCAUAACGCUAGCUUUAGCUUCGAGCACCGAACAUUACUGGACUGAAAAUAAUAUAGACAUAUAUGUACAUAGACUCCGCAUAGCGUUCAAAGUUAUUAAUACCUCAUUUUAAAUGCCAGGGCUCUCCAGAUUCUAGCAAGGAGGUGUGGAGCUACUUUGAGCUGGAUAAUGGUGGAAAAAGACGAUUUAACGGAGGAAACUAUGCCCCGUGUCAUCCAGUCUGAGGGGUGUUUGGACAAACUUAAAAUUUCUGGAUCUCGGAACGCUGUGGGAGAACGGAGGUGUGCUAUUCAUUAAAGGCAAGUACUUUUUAUCAUGUUUUACUACAACAAAUAAUCUAAUUUUAAACCAGAGUUCUCCUAUAAGAGAAGUUGCUCAUUUGUGUGAAUGCGUGCCCCUCUAUGAGUGCCCUUCUGCUCUUCCAGUUGCUGUAAUAAAGUGCCUUUCAUACCACCCAAAUAGACAAUGUCCCAGAGGUGCCUUUUCCAGUAGAGUAAAUGAGAUUCAGGUCUGUAUAAAGUUAAUGUUUUCCAACAGGUGUGUAUGAUGUGAGAUAAAGUGCUGGUUAGGGGCCCCUCUAAUGGAGAAGUGCCACCAGUGGAUUAAAUGUGAUAUGGUAAUGAAUUCAUUAUUAUGGAGUUAAGUAAAUUAUAGCACAAACUUUAUUAAACUUUCUUUCCUAUUCAUAAACCUGCAUCAUUUUGUAUCAAUUUAUGUUUUCAGUUUUAACCACGCCCCCUAUUGAAUUUACAUGCCCCUUGUUGUGCAUUAGUGCCUGAUUUAUUGUUUUGCCCCGCCACAGACCGAGACAGUUUUUAGUUAUUAAAAUUUCUGCACUGUUUAGAGCAGAGAUUUACUGUAUGCAUUAGUACUUACUGUUGCUUCACAGCUUCAUUUUACAUUCAUAACAGAAGCAGCAGAGAUAUUUUGAUUUGUUACCAGAUAGAAGAGCUCAAUAAUGAAUAUGAGCUCUUAUUACAGUUCAUUUUCCUCAUAUCAGCUGUUUGUUUCAUGUAAACUGCAUAAAAAAACAAUAAUUCAAGUACUUGAAAUCAUAUUGAAUUUGAACAUGUAUAACCUUGAUUUGUUUUGACAAAGAUUGAAAAAUAUGUGUUUCACAUAUCAUUUGUUACGUUGUUUCAUGUAUUGUAUAUCAAUGGUGGAGCGUUCAGCUGAUUCUUAAUUUACUGUUAUUUAUUUGUAUUGGCUUGAAGCAGCCAGAGCACAACUUUCUUUUUAAUUUGAACAAUUAAAUUCACACUGCACACAUAAUGCUAUAUAACAAUAAAGUUGUUUUAACACAAA